AUGGCCUCCACCACCGCCGACAAGUCCAAGCCCUACUUCCCCCUCGCCGGUGUUGCCACCGAUGGCUGGUCGAACGAUGACGAGGCGACCGCGACCUGUUUCUGCGGCGCCGUGCAACUCGCAUUCCCCACUUCCGGUCCAGGCUUGGUCGACACCUUCCUCUGCCACUGCACCGACUGCCGGAAAAUCACCGCGUCCAUGUUCGCGUCCAACUUCACCGUCGACGACGCCUACCUCAAGCACCUUCGCGGGCGCGAGAACCUUUCGAGCUGGGGCCAGAGCACGACCAUCAAGCGCGGGACGAAGAUGACCAACUACUUUUGCAAGACGUGCGGCACGCUCAUGUACCGCGUCGGCGAGCAUUUCCCGGGCAAGAGUAUCCUCCGCAUCGGCACCGUUGACGACUUUACGUUGCACGAGACCAAGCUCAAGCCGCAGACGGAGCACUUCGUGGAGAACCGGAUUGGAUGGGUGACGAGCUCCGUCGAGGGCGCGGAUCAGUUCAUCGGCUUCCCGUAG